AUGCCUCCGAAGAAAGAUCAGGCUAACGAGGUGGAUGAGCGUUCCAACAUAAAGGAGGCAAAUGGACUCAAGGAAACGGAGGAAGAUGUCGAGACGGAGAAUCAGGAUGAUGAUGCACACGACUCUUCAGAGCCUGAAGCGUACGACGACCAGCAAGAAGUAGCUGAAGAAGCUCGCGCUGGACAAAAGCGCAAAGACCCACCCACCUCUCGAGACAAAGGCUCGUCGAAGAAGAAGAAGGAGGAGGAGGAGGCGAGUCAAGCGACAAACAGCGACCCCAGUACGAAACAGCUGUUGAACUUCCUACUCUCGGCCGACGCACUGCCGUAUUGUUUCCCCGACGACGAACUCGAAGCAGCGGCGAAGAAUACGAAGGGAUUGAAAAGCUACUCUCGCACGUCGCCGACGUCUUUUACGGCGUUCGAACACCUCGUCUGCGCGCACCUGUUGAGCAAGCCGCUCAGCCACGCGCUGGGGAUGAGGAGCAUCCGGACGCUGCUCAACGAGCCGUACAACUUUAGCACGGCCGAGAGCAUCGUCGACGCGGGCGAGGACAGGGUGUGGCAGGCUCUCGAGGACGCCAGGACCCAACAUCGUCAGAAGACGGCGAGGUACCUCUUCGCCAUGGCGCAGGAGUAUGCCGACGACAAUGGCGGCGACACCAUGCUCGGCCUCGCGGAAAGGGCCAACGACGAAGGACCGAGCGGUGUCAUCGCGUAUAUCAAGGACACGGUGCCUGGGUUGGGCGACGUCGGCGGACAGAUCUUCUGCAGACGCAUUCAGUGUGUGGACGGAUGGGGAGAUGCGCUGUGGCCGUAUGCGGACACGAAGACGCUGCAAAGUCUGCAAGAGAUUGGGAUCGACGUUGAAAAUGCCGACGACUUCCAGAGCACCCUGGAGAGUCUCGUCGAUUGGCAGCGUGUAGGGGACAUGGGGCUCCAGGAGCGCGACUUGAGCAGAGGCGAAUUGACCGCCGAAGAGAUGGAGACUCAGGUGCAGGCUGAGUUCGUCGUUGCCCUGGAGAGAGCCGUGGGAUGUGUGUUGGAGGGCAAAGUCAACGAGCUGAGAAAGGCUGCUGCUAUGGCAUCAUAG